AUGUUAAGCAAUCUUAUAAAGAAAGCGGAUUUGCUGGUUGAUCCUUAUGAAUUUAAUAUUUCACAUAAGGAAAAAUCCUUAACUCCAAUAGGUUUUGUUUUAUGGUUACUUAUAGGUGGAUUUCUCAGCAUUUUGCUAUUAGUGUUCACAUCAUUUUAUGUUGUAGGCGUAUUUUAACGAAGUAUCUAAAAUUAAAAUGCCAUUUAUGCUGGUACUUAAAGUGAUUAAAGUGCUUAAUUUAUCUUAAGUAAUGAUAACACUCACUUUGCAAUGGAAAUUUCAAAAUUAGAUGGAACCAUUUUAACUAAUAAUACAGAUGUUAAAAAUUAUUUUACUUUAUCUGCUUAAUAUAUACAAUAGUAAAGAGUGGAAGGAAAGAUUGGAUUUACUAGAAAUUAUAGUGAUUUGAAUUAAUCUAAAUGUUCCUAGGAAUCGAUCUAGAAAUUUAAUUUUAAUUCUGCUUCGAUGACUGAAGAAUAAUAAUAAAGUUUGCUUUGCUUUAACGGAAAUUUCACUUUAUAGGGACAAUUCUAUGAACCUUACUUUGCCUAUAUUAAGUUAACUCUGAGUGUAUGCAACAAUAAAACAAGUAGUUCUUGUAAAUCUUCUAAGGAAAUUGAGGAUUUUAUUAAUUAAGGAGUGAACGUGGAUAUGUUCAUUAGAGGGUCUAAGAUUAAGCAAUCCCUUAAUCAAACAAAUCCUGCUGACAUCUUUUCUAACAAUAUAUUUUGGAGAUUGACUACAGGUAUUGGAGAUAAUGAGGAUAUUUAUAUGCAGCCUUUGCAAAUGGAUUUAAGAAAAAUUUAAUAUUUUAGUGGCUUAUUUAAUGUUGAAGACACUGAAAUACUUUACAAUAGUUCAGUGGUUUAAAGAUAAGAAAGAAGAUAAGAACCUAUAACAAUUGCUUCAGGAUCAGCACUUUGCACAUUUUAUUUAAGGUAUAUUGUGAGAAUUCAUUGUAAUAGAGCAUCUUCUGACACAUCUUAUUAUUUUGUCAAUUAACAAGAUCUUCCUUCUAUAAUUUUGUCAGCUGUAUCUGAAGCCACCGCUCUGUGUCUAGCUGUAAUGCAGGCUAUUAAAAUUGUUUAUAAAUUCUAUAAUCACCAUAAAGCAUUCGAAAUCCUCAUGAAUUCAGUAUUUAAAUUUGAUUUCAAAGCCGUAUAAAAAAGAAUGCAAAGCAAUAUUAAUUAAACAUUAGCUCCUAAUAGAUUGAAUUCUAGCAAAAAUUAAAAAAUUUAAUUACAACAAAUUUUAGAUUAUACAAUAAAUUAUUCAUUCCAUAAAUAUUUACUCUAUCGGAUUCGUAAAUUAGUGAAAAUCUGUUUUGGGAAAUGUUUUUAAAUAUCUGAAGAAAAAGAACUUGUUAUAUCUUAAAUAGCAAAGUCGAAAAUAGAACUUGAUUUGGAUUUGACAAAUAUAUUGAAAAAGCUUUAUGAAAUCGAUUGUUUAAAACUAUUCUUAUUUGAUGAUGAUCAAUUAGUGCUUUUUAAUACUUUUAGUUCCCCUGUUUUUCAAGACCAGAUGACAGACUAAAAAGAAUUAUUUGAUUUUUUAAAAGCCACUGUCAAAUAAAAUAGAUCAAUUAAUCCAUUAUAGUAACAUUCUAAUUCUUAAGCGAAAUAAGAUAAUCAAAAUCUAUAUUAAUAUGCUGCAACAUCAACAAUACCAAUAAAUGUAAGACUUGCUAAAUUGGCAAGGUUUUUCAAAGCUCAAUUAGGAGCUGAAAAUGCAGAAGAUUUAGUUGAGAACUUUUAAAAAAUUAACCAAAAUAAAAAUCAGAAUUGGUAAAUAAACCAAUAACUGAUGUAAUUUGCUAUGCAGAAUUAGAGUUUGUUUCGUUUAGUCUAACAGAAUUAUAUGACCUUUGAAAUAGAAUAAAAUUAAGAAAACUAAAAAUAGUAGAUGGAGAAUUAUAAAUUAGAUGUUCCAGAUGAAUUUGAUGAAGCUAAAAACAAUUCGGAAGCUAUUUGUAGCAAGGAAUCAUUUAAAGAUUUAGAAAUCAAUUAAUCCCCUGAUAGUAUAUAGAAUAGAUUACAAUGA